AUGAUAUUUCACCUCUCCGGUGCGAGCAAGAACAAGUCUAUUCACGGUGGCUUGGAGGAUUGUGUAUCUCAUCUAGCUGCUAAUGCAGUUAGCUUUGCAGCUGCCUCUUUUAAUUUUGAUCAUAUAUGGGAGAGUUGUGAUACUAAUCAGCAUGUGAAGCUGCCUCACAAUUCUUGGUAUCCCCCUCCUCCUGGAUGGAUCAAAGUUAACUUGGAUGCUUCGUUAUCUUCUUCUAAUGUGGCAGGCAUAGGCGGCAUUUUUCGUGAUAGGAAAGGAAGGUUCCUAAGUGCUUUUGGGGUUAGCUUGGUACAUUGGGACUGCUCUCAAUUGGAUAUUCUUUAUGUUUCUUUUCUGGGCAAAUUUAUUCAAGAUUGGACGUAUGAUUGGAAUGGCAUUAUCAUUGAGGGUGAUAACUUGAAUGUUAUCAAAUUCUUUCAGAAUACCGUGAAUAAGGUGGAAAUUGAGGUGGAGAACUUGAGUCUGAAGGAUUUCCUCUUCGUUGGAGAUUUCAACCGAGUGACUUUUCAGUAUGUGAAAAGAGAUGGUAAUAAAGCUAUCGAUAUGUGUGCUAAG